AUGAGGGAGUCCAACUUUUGCAACCCCGCCCAGAACAAGGCGAGCGUCUGCAUCUCCUCUGCCGUCUACGACCGCAGAGCCAUCGACUGCACCGCCACCCUACCGCUCAUCAACUCGCUCAACCACCUCGCCUACCUCACCUCCACAUCGCCCCGCAUCCGCGAGAUGGUCACCCUCGAUGGCGGCCUCGAGCGUCUCAUUCGCAUCCUCCGCACCGUCCCCAAGACCCCCUCCCCUCAGGCCCGCGCCUUCUCCAUCAAGGAGAUGCAGGCCGUCUGGAAGUGGAGCCUCGCUUUCCAGUGCGUCGUCAACAUCGGCGUACGCGGCAGCGAGAGCGUCAGGACACGCGUCGUCGAGGCCGGCAUGAUCCCCGUCACCAUCCGCGUGCUCGAAUCCUACCUCCGAAACAUGGAAAGACUCAAGGACGAGAAGCGCAAAGACUCCCUCCUCCACCAUCACCGCCACGAGGCUCGUCGCGACGAUCGUACCAGCCGGGAGCGCGUCCAGUCCGCGUCCGCAUCCAACGCUCCUCUCUCCGCUUCCGCUGACUCGUCUCGCUCACGGCGCCUCCAUCCAGCUCCCGACACGCUUGCUCCAGCCUCCAACGCCACAGCACAGCACAACGGCCCCGCUUCCUCUGCAUCCCAGGCUUCCCCAACUCGCACCCACCACGCAGACGCGCAGCCCGAUUCCAACGCAAUCGCCCCAACCAACCUCCCCAACCACCUGCUUACAGAGACUCGCCCAACCACACCGCUCGAGGACCCCGUGGCCGCACGCCGCUCCUCCGUCUUUGCCAACAUGGACGCACAGAGCAGCGCAGACGAUUUUAUGCCCUCCCAGCCACCUGCCAUGCCCGUGGUCGAUCCUCACGAGCCGCACGCCACCAUGCCUCUCAUCGAGAGCAUCGAUCCGAUCUCGCUCUCGUCAUCCGGCUCACCACCCAACGUCGGUCCCGACGGCACGCCCCGCGCGCUCUCAUCUGCACGAGCCGACGACCGCAACCUCGAAGGCAUGAGCUCCUCCGAGGACCUCCGCAGCCAUGCGGCCGAGGCCAGCGGCAGCGGCUCCGACGGCGCAGAAGAUGCAGAGAUGUUUGCCGACGAUGCCGACGACAGCGAGAUCGACGCCGCCCAGUUCCAGACCGUCCGCUCGACCGACUCGGACAAUGCGCCAUCGAGCGCACCCAGCAACAUCGAAGUCGACGAGGACCUCGAGGAGCGUCGCACGCCGCGUCCGGCCCGCAGAGCGCUCGCCCCCUUAUCCGGCAAUGACUCUCCACCUCUGCCCGCUCAAAGCUACGUGACUCCGAACCGUCCCACCAGCGCCAUCGCACCGCCCCUCUUCGAGAGGCAAGACACCGUUCGGCCCUCACGCGACUUUUCCACCACCGCAGGCUCCCGCGAGGCAUCGUCCACCAACCUCGCUUCCACCGCACUCGCCGCCCAGGUGGGCUCACAGGAUGCUUCGACCCGCAGCAGCUCGCUGUUUGAUCGACAGCAGCAGCCAGCACACCAGCACCACCACCACCACAACAACGAGCGCUUGCAUCACCAACAGCAGGGCUCAGCGUCACAGGACCAGCGUCACCACCAUCAUCACCACCACCACCAUCACCACCACCAUCACAGCCAACCUCACGACCACACUCACCAGUCCCGCGCCUCUGCGACGACGAGCCAUUACGACGACGUUCAAUUGGGCCGCCAAAGGUCCGCGCACCCCGAGGCACAGCAACAGACCACACCGCGCGAGGAACCACGGACUACGGCCGUGCGGCCGGCUCAGCCUGCCUUCGAUGCCGGUGCCGCCCAUCCGGCGGUGGUCCAGCUGAGCAAUCUAGCGGAUACCAAUGCGCGCGCCGGCAUCGACGUUGUCUACCGCGAGGAAGAGGUGCUGCUGAGCCUUCAGCUGCUCGCGUAUCUGUCCAAAUACCCGCACGUCCGCAUGCUCUUCCACUCGACCGACUUUAGCGGUCCCUCGCUCAUGGGCCCGCUGGAUUCGCUCAACGAGGAGAUCGAGCAGGCCACCAAGCGCAACAAGAGCUGGGAUCCCGCCGAGCCUCCGCGCCGCAACGUCUUUGCGAUCGCCGAAAAGUUCACGCUGCGAUCGCGCAACGCCACUUACCCUGCUCCACGCCUCUCGAUGGAGAUCCAGUACUGGGCUGGCGUCAUCAUGCGCAACGCCUGCCGCAAGGACGAGUCGCGCGGCGGCAUCCGCCAGUGCGCCAACAUGCUCUGCGGCAAGUGGGAGGAGUAUCCGCGCGAGUUUGCCAAGUGCCGUCGAUGCCGAAAGGCAAAAUACUGCAGCAAGCAAUGCCAGAGCAAGGGUUGGCAGAUGGGCCAUCGUUACUGGUGCAGUGCCAAGUCAGACGAGGCCGAGGCCAAGGACAAGGAGCGCGAGAAGACGACCGAAGCGCAGCGUGACGGACGCCAGGAGGAUGGCGGUGCGGCUCCACGCAUUGUGCCCAUGGCCGCGCACGCCGGUGAAGCUGCUGCAUUCGGCCAUGGACUGCCUGAUGAGCCUGUUGAUGCGAUGCGCGAUCCGGGCGCUCGUGGCGGGCUCGACCGCACCGACGACAUGCAGCUCGACGGUGCGGAUCGCCAUACUACGGCUGCGAGGCGACGCGCGUCGGGCGAGCCCACAGAAGGAUCAGCCCACGCGGCGGUGCCACGAUCCGAACACCGUGACGGACGAACUCGCCCUGGCCACUCGGCUCGAGACCGCGAAGACGGCGUGCAAGCGGCCGCCUUUCUGCCCGACGGGUCGCAAGGGCGACACUCGGGUCUCGAUUCGCUUGCCCAUGCCGCCGGCUUCGGUCGGCCGGACUCGGGCAUGACGCACGAGGCAAAUGGCGCCGUGCCGGAUCUCAACGGUCACGGCGCGCAGGCAUCGGGAUCUCAGCACGGCGGACCUUCCCGCAUGCAUCGUCAAUUCUCCUCGUCGGCGUCCUCAGUCGAAGCCAUGGGUGUCAACGGCCAUGCUGCGUCCGGAGAAGACGAUGUAUGGACACGCGGUGCUGCCGAGCCCGGAGCUCCGCGCCUGGGCAUGCUGCCGUCGCCGUAUCCUGGCGUGACUGGCGCUUUGGAUCGAGGCGUCGGGAGCGCAGGCCACUCUGCGUCCUCCUCGCGCACCUCGCUUGGGGAGGGCGUGGCGGAAGCGCAACGUGGCGCACGCCGCGGCGCCCUGCCCGGUGGAAUGGGUCUGCCCACGACCAUGCUGCGUCAAGACUUGCGCGAUCGCCGCGUGACCAGUCUCGCGAGUCUGGACACCGUCGACGGCUCCGACGUCAGCGAGGACGAGACGGAGCGAAGACUGGCACAGACGCAAGACAUCCAUCCGGCAUUGGCGGCCGCUGCAGCCGCGGCGGGUCUUCGUGCGCGCGAUGGUCAGGUGCCGCCGCAAGCGCCGCAACGCACCGAUUUGGCGGGGCGACCGCUGCCUCCGCCGGUGAUCGCGUCGCAGAACGGCGAGGAGGACGAGUUGGCCCUCGGUGGACGCGCGACUCCAGGUGUAGCAGGCGACCAGGACUUUGGCACGGGCGAGAUCGACCAGAUGCUCGGACAUUGGGCCACGCGAAGGCCGGAUGCGAUCGGGCUGCAGCAUCGACUGGCGGAGGUGCGCGCCGAGAUGCCGUCGCCGGAACGCUCACUGUCGCCCGAAGCCGGUGUGCACGGCGGCGAGACGUCCGAGACGGUCAUGGGCGCGCGCUCAGACGAUGAGGAUCUGACCGCAACGUCGAGGACGUCGAGGUACGGCGGUCUGUACCGCGAUGCUGCGUUCGGCCCGAUGGCGCGCGGGCAGACGCCGCAGCCGCACCAUCGGCUGCACCAGCCGCGCUCCGCGAGCGGCUUCAGCGCGUUUGGCGGCCACGCCACACGCUUCGGGUACGGCGAGUCGAUGGGCGAGACCUCGACGCUGCAAGGCUACCGGCCGUCGAUGGUGUCGUCGCCGCUGGCCCAGACACCCGCACGAAGGACGAGCGGAUACGAGGGCAGCACGUCGCAGAACGUCGAGGACGUCGCAAUGGCCAGCGAGGCCGUGUUGGAACCGAGCCGCAGCGCAGUCCACUCGAGGCUCGCAUCGCCCGAUGACGACAUGAUCGACGACGCGGACGACCGCGACGAUAUCAGCAUGGAGUUGUAG